ACACGCCUUUUUCUUAUUUGCGAUGAAAAAGCAAACGAAAAAUUCACGUCUUGAAACAAGCGAACGUCGGCAUAUUAAAAUUGAAUAAGUUUUUCUGAAAAAUUUAUUUUAAUACAAGAAUAUAAAAAUAUAAAAGUUAAUUCCAAAUACAAAUUAAAUUACUCAACCAAAAACACAUAUUUAAAUAAAUUUAAAAUAGGCUGUUAUUAAAACAAAAAGUGAAAACAAAAUGUUAGUAAUUCAUUGAAGAAAAAAUUAUCAUUUAUAGAAAAGUAGAAGAAAAAAUUCAACACCACCGCGGAGGCGGGGGCACAAAAACAACAAGAUGAGAUCAAAUCGAUGAGAACAACGAAGAACGAUGUAAAAGACACACACUAAGAAGAAGAAAAAGCAAAAGAAAUAAUGAAAUGUGAACAACAUACAACAACACAAAGAUAAAAUUAAAAAAAAAUACGUGCAAAGUUUUUGUUGUUUUUGUCUUUUACUACUGCUGCUGCUGCUACUUUAGUAAUUCUCCACUAAACAAUAGUGUUGUUGUAGUACUUGUUAUUUAUUCGUAUUAUUAGUGCACAGCCCUGGGAGGAGUAAAAACAGAAGAAGCAGAAAAAAAGAAUGAAGAAGUAGAGAAAACGAAAAAAUUAAAUGAAUUUGUGAAUUUUUUAUUGUUGUAGUUUUUUUUAAACAACAAAAAGUGUAUAAAGCUACAAAGUCAAAAAGGCAGAGUGAAAAAUAUUUCUGCAAUUAAUUGAAAAAUAAAUAAAUUGAAAUACAAAAAAAGAUAAAAAAAUCCAUAAGUUUUACUUUGUGUGUAUGUGUUUGGUGAACCAACGCGUUAAAAAUUUUGCAAUUGCAUUUUAUUCCGUUAAAGAAAAAAUAUAAAAAAAUCCCCAAAUAGGAUUCAUUGUUUUUUUUAUCAACAUUUAUGUGGUUUACUAGGGUGCUCCUUCACAUCAAGCAGUCAUUCAACCGAAAAUUGAUUUUUUCUUUUUGGCUUUUGGCGUCAAAAAAAGCUUUUAAUGUUUAAAUGCUGAGCAGUCUUGUUGCAAACUAAUCAAUAUUGAGAAUCCAACAGCACAAUGCCACUGCCCAAACGUUCAAUUGAGCCGGUGCAUGUGGCCCGUUCUGUCUAUCAGCAGGAUGAAUUACAAUCGGUAGAAUUGGAAACAGUCACAAAUACAACAUUAACAAAUAUCAUAAGACAAUUGUCAUCGUUGUCAAAACAUGCCGAAGAUGUAUUCGGUGAAUUGGCACGUGAUGUGGGUAAUAUUGGUGAUCGUGCCAAUUCACUGCAGGCACGCAUCGAUCGUCUAGCCAUUAAGGUAACACAACUGGAUAGUACCGUCGAAGAAGUUCCCCUAACGGACAUCACACGAAAGAAAGCUUUUAAAUCUGCCAAAAAUUUCGAUCAACAAAUAUUUUCACGAGCCACUAUGCCAGCGCCAAUGCUGGAAACAUAUGCACAAUGUGAUAAACCACCACCUCUAGAUAAACUGAACGUUUAUCGGGAUGAUGGUAAAGAUGGUCUUAAAUUCUAUACAGAUCCUAAUUAUUUCUUUGAAUUGUGGCGUCAGGAGAUGCUUAAAGAUACGGAACGUGUUAUGCACGAUAAAGGCAAGAAAAUGCAUCGACCACGACAGGAUGGUGGUGCUAGUGGUCGGGGACAUAAGAAACGAGUGCGUACACCCCAUAAUACACGAGAGAAACAACGACAAAUUGCUAUUGGACAUGGUGAAACUUUAAUGCCAAAUAAUGUUAUUUAUCGAACACCAAAUUCUGUGGUCAACGAAGAAGCCGGCUAUGGUGGUAGCAAUGUUAAACCUUAUAAUAUGCUUUCACAUUUGGAAAAUAACAGUAAUCUGGCGAAGCAAACUGCUGUUGCCAUUGCAGGUAUGGGCAUUUACGAGACACGACCAGCACGACCCAAUUCUAUAGAAUUGCGACGCAGUUAUCAAUCCGAACAAAUUGAUGGUGUUUAUGGACCGUUAUCACCACAAAAUGCUGGUAAUAUGAUGACAAAUGCCCAAGGUGGUGGCAGUCAGUAUGCUACAACAGCAUAUGCUGCCAAUGGCAUGCAUCCGUCACAGCAAAUGCAACAGCAUCAGGGUAUGGCUGGUAUGCAGCAUCAUCAACAACAGUCACAUCUACAGCAUCAACAACAACAACAACAGCAGCAGCAACAAAUGUAUGAUGAUGCUCUCUAUCAUCAAUCGCAUGCCUUGUAUGGUCAAACCGGUCAAGGUCCCAUGUCGCCAGAACCGAUUUAUGCUCCCGGCACACCAUCACGCACCAAACCACGACCCUCACAACCACCACCGGCACCACCUUCGAAUGGUAGUGGCGGUGGUACACCAACAGCAUCGAGCGCUAAUACACCUACACGUGGUCGCAGUAUGUCUACAAGUCGGGAUGCUCUGCCACCACCACCUCCCAUACCCGAUGGUAUGAUUAACACCACAUCACCAUCACAAAUGUUGGCUCAAUUGAAUGGUGGCGGUAGUGGUCAUAUUGCAGCAAAAUUAUUAGCUCGCACCAAUAGCACAUCGAGAGCUGGCUCUCCCCAAUUGGCACCGAGCAGUGUACAGGAUGCGAAUGCCUUAGUAAUGGCACAAUUGAAUAAUACCAUAAAUAGUUUUAAUAGUAUGACUAUGGGUGGUGGUAUGCAACAAAUGAAUUCAUUAAAUGAUUUGCCACCACCACCACCGGUGCCGGAUCAGCAUGAACCAAAGCUUUCGCCACCUAAUGCAGCGCCACCACCACCACCUCCUCCACCACCAUUGGAUGAGAACGGUUCAUCACCUAUUAAUCAAGGACCACAUCAAAUUAUGCCAAAAUCAUUGCCAAAUGGUGAUAUACAAUCGAACGGAAUGAUGGGUGGUGCAAAACCACAACCUAAGAAAAUAUUACCACCAUUCCACGAUACUAGAUCCGAUUUAAUGAAGGCCAUAAGAGAUGGAAUAACACUUCGCAAAGUGGAAAAAUCUGAACAAAAAGAAAUCGAACGUAAUACUGGUCUUCAUGAUGUGGCCUCAAUUCUAGCUAGACGUGUUGCAAUAGAACUUUCCGAAUCCGAAGACUCGGACAGUGAUGACGAUAGUGAAGGUUGGAUGGAACCAAAUGAAACUUCUGCUUGAUCCCUUAUGUCUUCGUUAAUACCUGAAAAAAUCAAAAAGAAAAAGUAAA